AGCAGGAAGUCGAUACGUGGCCGCCGCCUGUCCCCGCCGAGGAGGCGCAGAAGCCGGAGAUGGCGGCGGUGCUGAACGCCGAGCGACUUGAGGUCUCCGUCGACGGCCUCACGCUGAGCCCCGACCCAGAGGAGCGGCCCGGCGCGGAGGGCGCCCCGCUGCUGCCGCCGCCGCUGCCGCCGCCCUCGCCGCCCGGGGCGGGCCGGGGGCCAGGCGCCGCGGGGGAGCAGCCGGCGCCCGGGGAGGCGGCGGCCGGGGGCGCGGCGGAGGAGGCGCGGCGGCUGGAGCAGCGCUGGGGCUUCGGCCUGGAGGAGCUGUACGGCCUGGCGCUGCGCUUCUUCAAAGAAAAAGAUGGCAAAGCCUUUCAUCCAACUUAUGAAGAAAAAUUGAAGCUUGUGGCACUGCAUAAGCAGGUUCUUAUGGGUCCAUAUAAUCCAGACACUUGUCCUGAGGUUGGAUUCUUUGAUGUGUUGGGGAAUGACAGGAGGAGAGAAUGGGCGGCCCUGGGAAACAUGUCUAAAGAGGAUGCCAUGGUAGAAUUUGUCAAGCUUCUAAAUAGGUGUUGCCAUCUCUUUUCAACAUAUGUUGCAUCCCACAAAAUAGAGAAGGAAGAGCAAGAAAAGAAAAGGAAGGAGGAGGAGGAGCGAAGGCGGCGCGAAGAGGAAGAAAGAGAGCGUCUGCAGAAGGAGGAGGAGAAGCGCAGGAGAGAGGAGGAGGAGAGGCUGAGGCGGGAGGAAGAGGAGAGGAGGCGAAUAGAAGAGGAGAGGCUUCGGCUGGAACAGCAGAAGCAGCAGAUCAUGGCAGCUUUGAACUCACAGACCGCUGUGCAGUUCCAGCAGUACGCAGCGCAGCAGUACCCUGGCAACUUCGAGCAGCAGCAGCUCCUCAUCCGCCAGCUGCAGGAGCAACACUACCAGCAGUACAUGCAGCAGCUCUACCAGGUCCAGCUUGCCCAGCAGCAGGCAGCCUUACAGAAACAGCAAGAAGUAGCAGUCGCAGGGGCUUCUUUACCUACAUCAUCAAAAAUGAAUGCAGCGGCACCAGGCGAUAGGAUGUCAGUUAAUGGACAGGCCAAAACUCACACUGACAGCUCAGAGAAAGAACUUGAGCCAGAAGCUGCAGAAGAAGCUGUGGAGAAUGGACCAAAAGAAUCUCUUCCAGUAAUAGCAGCUCCGUCCAUGUGGACACGACCCCAGAUCAAAGACUUUAAAGAGAAGAUUCGGCAGGAUGCAGACUCGGUGAUUACAGUGGGCCGAGGAGAAGUGGUCACUGUUCGUGUCCCCACUCAUGAAGAAGGAUCAUACCUCUUUUGGGAAUUUGCUACAGACAAUUAUGACAUUGGAUUUGGGGUGUACUUUGAAUGGACAGACUCUCCGAACACUGCUGUCAGCGUGCAUGUCAGCGAGUCCAGUGAUGACGACGAGGAGGAGGAAGGUAGAGCUCUUGAAAACGUCAGUAAUGAAGAGAAAGCCAAAAAGAAUGCGACCAAGCCUCUGCUGGAUGAGAUUGUGCCUGUGUACCGGCGGGACUGUCACGAAGAAGUGUAUGCCGGUAGCCACCAAUACCCAGGGAGAGGAGUCUACCUCCUCAAGUUUGACAACUCCUACUCUUUGUGGCGGUCAAAGUCGGUCUACUACAGAGUCUAUUACACUAGAUAAAGAUGUUACAGAGUCUGGAGUCUAGGGUGGGGCAGAAGACAGCGUUUAGUUUGGAAUUUCUUUUGACUUUGUGGAGCAUUGCAGUCAGUGUUUACCCUAUUGAUUUUGGUCUGAUGGCUGGUGAACUCUUGUGGGGACUCAGGGUUCCCUUGAAACCCUUUAGCAUUAAUACUCUGGGGUUAGGGGAUUCCUCAGGCCCCUUGAGCCCUUGGGUGCUGACCACCAGAGUCACUAGUGGAUGCUGAAGUUACAGGAGCUACGUGUUAAAUCUUUAAGGUCUCCAAAAUAAAACCUCCCCACGUUGACCCCACCUGA